AUGCCGAAGCCUCAGCAGCGAGUGUGCCAGCACUGCGGCAAGGCUGGCCACAACCUCAGGAGUUGCCCCAAGCUCGCCCAGCAGCUCCUCCGCAGCGUGCAGAAAGCCCCCUCCCCCAGCGCCGUGGUGGACGCGCUCAGGGCAGGCGGGUUGGGCCUCAAGGUGACGGGGAUACAAACGAAGUUCAUCCACCGCAAGGCCCACAAGCUGCAGCGCAGGGUGGCGCACAAGGGCAGCCGCAGGGUCCACGCGGGCAUGCCGCUCGACCAACUAGACACAGGGGUAUCUCCCAUCGGGCACGGCGCGCCUGUGAAGGUCUCCACGGCCAGGAAGGCAGCGAAGGGGCGCAAGAAGGCGGCGAACGAGAGGCGCCGCUGCUUGACCAGGAGCACCAAGGACGAGGCAAAGCUGGCCUUGGCAGAAAAGAAGAGCAUGGCCAAAGCGUGGAAGGCUCUCGUCAAGUGGCGCUUGGCCAAGGCGGGUGCGCGUGGUAACUGCAGCAGCUACCCUUGCCCUCGGUGCCCUGCAGGCUGUACCUGCACCAAGCUCGACGGACACGGCCAGACAGGGAACGGCCCGCAGACCAAGCGGAAGAAGGCGCUCCAGGCCACGCUGGCGGUCAAGAAGAGAAAGCUCACCUCGGUCUUCUUUCGGGGCAGCAGAUGCGGUGACAUCUACAGUGUCAUCAAAUUCUGCGUUCUCCCCCAGGUCAAGUACCCGUUCCCACUGCCUGCGCUCGUGGAGUUUGUAGAGAAGUACCAUGCAGCCACCAGGCCCGAGCUGCAGCAGCUCUGCAAGGAUGUCGGCAUGUCUCGCUCUCGGUCCGUCAUGCAGCUCUUCCGCUGGCUCCGCUGGCAGGAGGCGAACCUCGGCUACGAGGAGAUGCAGGCCAUGACGCUCAAGGGCGUCGUCGAGGGCGACGGCACUGGGCUGAAACUCUUCAAGCACGAGGGGAAGAACUGCCACGUGGCACUGUGGGGUUUGGCCGAGCGGCCCCGCGGGUCAGCCGUUCCGCGAGCGGUGGUGUACUUCGUGCCCGUCAAAAAGGUAGAGUGCCGCGAGGACGUCUUGGCGUCGGGCGGCCUUGACCACGUCGCGAACAAGUCGGUGCUGGUCUCUGACGGUGCUCGUUUGUACGCCCGCCUGGCUCGUGAGCAUGGCCUACGCCAUCGAUUCUGUGUGCAUUCCAAGGGGGUAUGGAAUGAGAGGGCGCGUGUGCGCGGGUAUGGCACACUCGAUGUGAACACAGGUCUGAUCGAUGAGCGGUGGUCUCGCAUCAAGGAGUGGAUUCCGAAGGGAAUCUGGGGGAGUGACGGCGAGGGCAACCUGAACGUGGAGCUCUGGAGCUACGUCUACCAGUGGUGGUUUCGAUGCCAUCAUCCUUUGAAAGCGGACAGGCAGGCGCGCUUGGCCGCGUACUGGGGGCGUGAGGCUUAG